CCCGCGACGUCGUGCAAUGCGACCCUCCAAUCUGCAAUGGCACCCUUCUUGUUUCCGAGAUCAGUGUUGUCAGGUUUUAAAGAGCGUAUCGAAUCCCUCUUGAUUCAAGGUGACAGGCUAUAUGUCGGGACUGCUACGGGGAGCCUUCACGUAUACGGCGUGGAUAAUGAACCAGCAGAGGAAUCGGGGGAAAUAUUGUCGUUGGUGGAAGUGAAGAAGAACCUGACAAGAAAGUCUAUUGAGCUAUUGGGAUUCAUCAAGGACAUCAAUUCUCUGGUUGUUCUUUCCGAGUCUACCGUGACCUUGUACCCAUUACCUGGUUUUUCCCCUCCCACCGUUCUCAGCAAUGCCAAAGCCGCGUUUUCUUUCGCUAUACAUACGUGUGUCCAACAUCUCUUGCCCGACGGCUCUGCAGAAGUGGCGUUCACCAAAUCUUCCAAGAGAUCCAUACCAACGUUGUUGACUCGUCUUGUCGUUGGAUGUCGAAGGAAGGUCGUCAUCUACUCCUGGAAGGACGGGGACGCUCAGGAAGUCAAGGAAUACGCUUUACCCCAUUCACCUCGAGUCAUUUCAUUCAUUGACGAUGAUCACGCAUGUUUCGCCUAUCCAGCGAACGAAUAUGCCAUUUUUUCGCUCGAUAAAUUAACUGCAACAGAGGUCACUAUGCCGUUACCGGCUGCUGGUGGACCUUCGACCAUAGGGACUCUCAGCGGAUUAACAGGGUAUAUGACUCUUGGUCUUGGUGCUAAAGCUAAGCCUGGCGUGGUCCGUCUAAACGAUGAUGAUACCCUCAUCUUGAGAGACAAUGAGGGCAUCGUAAUUGGAAAGGACGCAAAACCUACCGGACGCAAUGCAGCUGUCUGGACAACACCCCCUGAAGAGAUAGCGUUUCUCAAGCCAUACCUGUUCUCGGUACUUCCUGCAGGUUCAUUGCCCAUCUCAGAAAUGAAAGCCUCGGCAGAAAUUUCCCAGGCGACGCAGAUGAUAUCCACAACUGCAGUGCAAAUAAGAUCGUCGAUAUCAUUUCUUCCUACCCAAACAUAUAUAUAUCCGUUCACUCAAGACAAGCCGUCUACACCGCCAUCCAUCACACCAGCCGUUGGUAACGCAACCAUACGGUUACUUACACCCUCCACUGCACCGAAAUCCCAUAUCUAUCUCAUCACCACCCCUACGGACAGAACAGCGGCUGCAAACGAUGGGAGCACGAUCUGGCAGAUCUGGAUGAAACCGUGGGCUGAACAAAUAGACGAACUCGUCCAGUCAAGUCAAUAUGCCGAUGCUCUGAAACUUUUAGACACAAUUGAGGAGGCUGUUUUACCGGACAAGGAUAAACGCCAUACAUUGAUCCGUAUGUUGAACGCUGUGACACUCUUUCGAGAUCGUCAAUUCGAUCAAGCCAUUGAUGAAUUUAUCGAACUCAAUGUGAAUCCCGCUAAAGUUCUAGCUUUGUAUCCUGAAUCGAUUUCAGGCCGCCUUUCAGUUCCUCCCGAGAACUGGAUAACCCUGUACGGCGGCCCCGCUUCGCCGGCUCCGGUGGAUGAUACCCAGUCUACCAAGUCGUCUAAUCCCGAUAACAAUGACAAGGAGCAGAAUAUUGAACAAGGAAUAAACGUUUCCCAAGAUUGGAGCACCAGUGGACCAUCGUAUGAAAAAACAGUCUCAACGUCUAUAUCCGCGGCGUCUGACCUGUUGGAGAACUUGAACCUGGGAUUGCAAACAGGAACAGGAACUUUACGUGGACGGUUGAAAAAUCAACUCGGAGCUUUUAUGGGAGGAGCCGUAGCCACACAGAAGGACGAUGAUACUGCGUCAAUUCGAUCUAAUCAGUCGAAUCGUCAAGCAAAGCCAAAAUCAACUAUUGUCGAUAGCAUUCAUAACGAUCUAAAAAAAUCCGUCGAGAAUCUCAUACGGUUUUUAGCCGACCGACGUCCUCAUCUCGCUGGAGCACUGAAAGCGGUGGGUAUAACGCCAACUGAUCAAGCUCAUUCCAUCGCUCCCUUAUCAGACACUCCGGUUGAGGAGCUAUAUGCUACGCCGAGCAUCCAACUUUCAGCGCUUACACCACAGCAACUGCUUCGAAAUGCACAAAUCGUUGACACUGCCUUGUUCAAGUCGUAUCUGAUGGUCAGGCCUUCAUUAGCCGGGUCUCUGUUCCGUAUUGCCAAUUGGUGUGAAGUCGAGGAGGUGGAAGGGAUACUACGAGAGCGGCAGAUGUUCCACGAAUUGAGGGACCUUUAUCACCAGAAGAAGAUGCAUCGCAAAGCUUUAGACCUCCUUCGUCAACUUGGUGAGAAGGAACAAGACAUGGAAACUCGGCUCGAUGCGUCAAUUCAAUAUCUCAGGAAACUCGGUCCGGAAUAUCUGGAUCAGAUAUUUGAAUCUUCUCACUGGCUAUUCCAGCAAGACUCUAGCAUGGCAUUAGAGGUCUUCAAAUCCGAAGAUGUGGAAUUACCUCGACGAGCGGUGGCCGACUAUCUCGAGAACGUGGACCCUAAUCUCUGUGCUCGAUACUUGGAGUACCUCAUUCACGAACGAGAGGAGGUUUCGCCCGAGUUUCACGAUAGGAUUGCCGAGCUCUACUCCAAGAUGACGAUAGCAGCAAGAAAGCGUGGGGACGAGGGGUCUCGCAAAGAACUUUACGACAAGCUACUGAAGUUCAUCAAUACGACGCAUCUCUACCAAGUAGACCGGCUGUACGGACUGCUCUCUUCUGAAGAUCUUUAUGAAGCUCGCGCAAUCUUACUGGGAAGAUUAGGCCGUCACGAUCAAGCCCUUGAGCUCUACGUAUAUCGGCUUCGCGAGUACUUCAAAGCGGAGGAAUACUGCAAACGUCACUACAAGGCGAAUUCUCCAACGAGCAACGUGUUCCUCACUCUCCUUCGAAUAUACCUCCGGCCAACUGUCAAGACCAACGUGAACCUCUUACAGCCCGCUCUCGAACUGAUCAGUCGUCAUAGUCCGCGUCUCGACACCAUAGAAGCUUUGCAACUCCUUCCUCAGCUGGUGACGAUACAAGAGUUGAGAACGUUCUUAAUCGACGGUUUGAGGAUACCGGUGUUCGAUGCGCAUAUGAUGCGGUCUGUUAGCAAGGCGAGGAAUGACCAACUGUCGAGGUCACUCAUAGCGUUACAGGCACGGAGGGUAAAGGUUACGGAUAGUCGGAUUUGUCCUCAGUGUAGCAAACGGAUAGGCAAUAGUGUGAUAGCAGUUCAUAGUCCUAGAGGGGAGGUCACUCACCAUUACUGUAGAGAGGCGUUCGCGCGGAAGCAAAACCCGAACUUGAAGUAUUGAUACCACUCAAUUACUGUUUGGACUCAUCGCAUUUGUAUCAUACCCUUUCAUUAGAAACAUUGCUUUACAUGACAAUACCUACUCAGUAGAACGGUC